GGCUUUCAUAUCUCCAGUUCAAUAUUUCAAUGCUUAGUGAUAGGCCAGGAGUAAACCUUCUCCCAUCCCUCCUACUAGUGGUGGGCGUACUGGGCUGGGGGGCGUGGCAUGAGAUUAGGAUACAGGAGCAGGGGAGGAGGAUUCAGGAGUUGGAAAACAGGAUAAUUAAUCUGGAAAACCUGGAUGAGAUAAACCUAGCAGAGGAGGAGUAUAUAAAGGAUAGAAGUAGAAGAGAAUCCCCAGUGCAGUACAAUACUCAGAAUCCAUUGUUUACUAAAACAAGAUUUAGAUCAGAUGAUGGCAUUCCAAUCCUCAACCAAAAAUAUAAGAAUUCUGUAAAUGUUUACGAGGAGGUUGAAAAGGAAGGAGAUGCUCAGGGGUUCAAGGUUUACAAUGCAUGGUUCAACCAUAAGCGUGAGAAGGAUAUAAAGAAUGACCCUAGGGUUGUGUGGUCCCAUCCAACAGAUUCUCCAGUAAGACCAUAUCACAGAAAGUCAGCUGCUUGGUCUAGUAUAGGAGAUGAAGAUGAUGAAGACGACAUUGAAUUUAAAACCUAUGGCAACUCCCUCAACAAAGACAAGAUGAAAAGAAUCAAGACAAACUCACAUUUCAACUCAAUCAACCUUCUCAGAAAUAGGGUCAAGGUCACAGAUGCAAAGGAAUACCAGGCCUCAAUUGCAACAGCAACACAAUCUACAUCAACAACAACAACAACAACAACAGCAUCAACAACAACAACAACAACAACAACAUCUUCAACAACAAGCGAUGUUUUCACAAGUGUUGCUUCACAGCAAGUUAUAAGAGAACGUGGAUAUAGGAACAGAGCUGGGUUAAGAUCUCAUUCAUCCAGAUCUAAUGGCAGACAUAGCAGACAAAGAGGUCAUAGUUCUGGGAGAGAAGGUAGAAGAGGCGAACUUAGCGGUCUUCUAGCUGUACAUAUGCAGGCUGAACCGGAUGUUGAAGAUUCAGCUGCUGAUGGAAUAUUCAGAAACUGGAGUAUGGCCAGGUGGGCUAAAAGACUACAUUUGGAUGACAAAUUUGCUCUUGAAGAUGGCAGGUUGGGUAUAUCUUCUCCUGGUGUUUACUACAUCUAUGCACAGAUAAACUACCUGGAUGAGCAUGACGUCAAUGGUUUCCAAAUAUACGUGAAUGAAACUCCUUUUGUGUUAUGUACAACUAUGACUCAUACUCCACAACAGACAACAAAGGUGAACACGUGCUAUACUGGAGGUGUCGUCUUUCUGGAGCAGGGAGAUACUGUACACAUUAAGAACCUGGAAAAAAACAGAAUUUCAGUUUUUCUGCCAGCACAUUCAUUCUUUGGUUUGGUUCAACUCUCUCAAGCGGGGAUUUGAGAUUUCUUUCAAAUUAAACAAUGUUUUCAACAAAAUCCAAAAUACUAUAGUAUACUCUAUGUAAUUAUUCAUAUAUAUGCCAAUGACUAAAUACGGUAAUACAAUAUUUUUAGUUAAUUUUAUCAUAAAUAAUAGCUGAAGCAUGCGUGGCGUUGACCGAAAGAUCAUCAAGAGAUCGUCCAAUACUUGGCGACAGAAAACUCCAAUAGAUUUAAAGGAUUUUAUUUAAAGUAACAUUUAAAUAUUUCCGAUUGACUAGGGUUUCCUUCAUGGAAGAUAUUAUUAUUCAUUUAUCUAAUAAAAGUGUUUAAUUCCUUUA